AUGGGUCUCUGUCACGGAAAGCCCUCGCGAAUCCCGGAGCCCAAGGCGGAGGAGGAGCCGCGUGUGGCCUCCGGGACCGGCGAUGCCGCCGGUGCCGCCUCGCCGGCGCAGGCGGCCGCCGCGGCGAAGCCGGGCACGCCGAAGCAGCCCAAGUUCCCCUUCUACCUGCCGAGCCCGCUCCCGGCGUCCAGCUACAAGGGCUCGCCGGCCAACUCGAGCGUGGCGUCCACGCCGGCCCGCGGCGGGUUCAAGCGGCCCUUCCCGCCGCCGUCGCCGGCCAAGCACAUCCGCGCGCUCCUGGCGCGGCGGCACGGCUCCGUCAAGCCCAACGAGGCGUCCAUCCCCGAGGGCGGCGAGCCGGAGCUGGGCCUCGACAAGAGCUUCGGCUUCUCCAAGCACUUCUUCGCCAAGUACGAGCUCGGCGAGGAGGUCGGCCGCGGCCACUUCGGCUACACCUGCGCUGCCAAGGCCAAGAAGGGCGAGCACAAGGGCCAGGACGUCGCCGUCAAGGUCAUCCCCAAGGCCAAGAUGACAACAGCCAUAGCAAUUGAAGAUGUCAGAAGAGAAGUGAGGAUAUUGAGCUCUCUGACAGGCCACAGCAACCUAGUGCAGUUCUAUGAUGCUUUUGAAGAUGAAGACAACGUGUAUAUAGUUAUGGAAUUGUGUAAAGGAGGCGAACUACUUGAUAAGAUAUUGGCGAGAGGUGGAAAGUAUUCUGAAGAGGAUGCAAAGGUUGUUAUGCUGCAAAUUUUGAGUGUAGUAUCAUUUUGCCAUCUUCAAGGUGUUGUUCAUCGGGAUCUGAAACCAGAGAAUUUUCUAUUCUCAUCGAAGGAGGAAAACUCACCCUUGAAGGUCAUAGACUUUGGCUUGUCUGACUUUGUAAAGCCAGAUGAAAGGCUCAACGACAUUGUUGGAAGUGCGUAUUAUGUUGCUCCCGAGGUGCUUCAUCGAUCUUAUGGCACGGAGGGAGAUAUGUGGAGCAUUGGAGUAAUUGCCUACAUUUUGCUUUGUGGGAGCCGACCUUUCUGGGCACGCACAGAAUCAGGAAUAUUCCGAGCUGUCCUUAAGGCAGAACCAAGUUUUGAUGAGGCCCCAUGGCCUACUCUCUCUGCGGAAGCCAAAGACUUUGUAAAAAGGUUGCUUAAUAAGGAUUACCGCAAGAGGAUGACUGCCUCACAAGCUCUGAGUCACCCAUGGAUCCGUGAUGCACAACAAGUCAAAAUUCCUUUAGAUAUGAUAAUCUACAAGCUUAUCCGAGCUUAUAUCAGUUCAUCUUCACUGCGGAAGUCUGCUUUGAGGGCCCUAGCUAAGACAUUGACAGAAAAUCAACUCUUUUAUCUAAAAGAGCAGUUUGAAUUGUUGGGUCCAAACAAGAGUGGUUUAAUCUCCUUGCAAAAUUUGAAAUCGGCUCUGGUGAAGAAUUCUACGGAUGCAAUGAAGGAUUCCAGGGUUAUUGACUUUGUUAACACGGUAUGCACCCUUCAGUACAGAAAAUUGGAUUUUGAAGAGUUCGCCGCUUCCGCCAUCAGUGUAUACCAGAUGGAAGCUCUGGAGACCUGGGAACAGCAUGCUCGGCGCGCGUACGAGCUGUUCGACAAGGAGGGCAACCGGCCUAUCGUGAUCGAAGAACUUGCGUCGGGAACUCGGCCUCGGCCCGUCGGUGCCCCUCCACGUCGUCCUCCAGGACUGGAUCAGGCACGCCGACGGGAAGCUCAGCUUCCUCGGGUUCAUAAAGCUCUUGCACGGUGUUUCUUCCCGGUCGAUCCCGAAAGCCUGAGACGGAAACAAGCAUUAUUAUUCUUGCAUCAAACCUAG